GCACACCCUACUCAGCCCUCUCCACCUAGCUGCAGACCUUUCACUGCCGAUGAGGACCCUCGCCACCCCGGUGUGCUCUCUCCCAGCCCUUCAUCUUCAUCACUGUGCUAUGAGAACGCUUGCACCCUCAACGCAAGCCUCCUACUCAGAUUCGCAACCUCGCACCUUCUCUUGUAACCUUCCAUCGGUGCUGCCCCGUCGGUGCUGCUCUGUCGGCGUGUCCUCCCUCAAUCGGCGCUGUCUAUCACUGCCUAUCUCUCACUCGGCGCUCAACCCUUGAGGUUUCUUUCAUUUUUUAUUUAAACUCUGUGGUGGCAGCAGCUCCACCAUGACCAUGAUUAAUGAGACCUAUGAAUUCUUGGUGCUGAGGUUCUUUGAUUUCAUCAAUGGGGAAACCAAGAAGGACGAGCGUAAGGCUCAGCUAUGGUUCGAUACUGCACUCUCCUACGCACCUUCACACAUCCGAAAAUGUUGAGGAGACUUUUCAGGAAACAAUUAAACAGCCACAGAGCAUGACUACUGAAAUAAAGGAAGAUGAUUCACCUUGCAGUGAAGUCAAAGAAGAAAACAACACAACUACUUCUCAUGUGGUUCUUGUUUAUACGAAAAGAAGUGAAGAUGUUUGCAAAGGAGAGAGCUCAUGCUUAGGGAUUUCAUCAUCUGGAGAUGGGUCUGCUGAAGUAGGAAAAUAUGCUUGCACUCCCAAACCAACAUUGCAAAAAAGAUUGACAACCACCACCUCCAAGAAGCAAGAGACAGCUAAAAUGAUAGGCACUAGUAGAAAAGCAGAGUAACAGUCAUCAUCCAUGAAAACCAGCACUGUUGGGACUCCCCAUUUGGCCCAAGAGAAUAAAGCUAUUAAAAGGCAAAAAUUAGAAGGAGGAAAGAGUAGACAGGAAAAUUUUGUCCUUUUUCUUCCACAUUUUGCAUGUAUAAUUUUUUUGCUUAUCUUGACUGUAUCCUUUUUUCUUUCUUCUUCAAAACUAUCCAGAUUCUGAAUGUCAAGCAUCUGAAUUUGUCUCAUAAGUCUAA